UGUCUUGAAUCCAACAUGGAGUAUAUCUCUUCCAUGUUCGACGAUGUCCGUCGAAUGAACAAACGCCAGUUAUUUUACCAGGUUUUAAACUUUGCCAUUAUUGUAUCUUCGGCGUUAAUGAUAUGGAAAGGCUUGAUGGUAGUAACUGGUAGUGAGAGCCCAAUUGUAGUUGUUCUAAGUGGUAGCAUGGAACCUGCAUUUCAGCGUGGUGAUUUACUGUUCCUUACCAAUUACAAGCAAGACCCCAUUAGAGUUGGUGAAAUAGUAGUAUUUAAAGUAGAAGGCAGAGAAAUACCUAUAGUACAUAGAGUGUUAAAAGUACAUGAAAAAGACAAUGGUGACAUUAAAUUCCUGACCAAAGGAGAUAACAACUCUGUUGAUGAUAGAGGUCUGUACGCACCUGGACAGAUGUGGCUGGCCAAGAAAGAUGUCGUAGGAAGAGCUAGAGGGUUUGUCCCAUAUGUUGGCAUGGUAACUAUUCUCAUGAAUGACUAUCCAAAGUUUAAGUAUGCAAUAUUAGCCGCGCUGGGAUUAUUCGUAUUGAUACAUAGAGAAUGACACGAGUCACCUCUUCUCGAAACCAUGACAUGGAAGAGUAUGCAACAGCUUGUGCAAAGAUCAAGAAGUUAUAACAACAUGCCAGCUGGCUCCUACAUGUACAAGUGUAUGAAGGAAUCAGAAAGAAAUUAGGUGAUUUUUUGAAAGUUUCAUUUUCAAUAGAACACAGCUUGAAGAAAAACUGUAGAAUUAGAUUAAUUGGUUUCUUUUUGUUCCUUUUCAUUGAAAUGUAUAUCAACGAAAUUUCUUUCUUUCAAUCACUUAUAUGUGAAUAGUGUAGUAGUAUGGCUGCAGUAUUUUUGUAUGUAACAU